AUGCCCUCCCUUGAGAACCCCACCUUUCAGGGUGAGGCUCGCUUGCUCCUCGUCUCCAAUCGGCUUCCAAUCACCAUCAAGCGAUCGGAUGAUGGUCGCUAUGACUUCUCCAUGUCCUCCGGUGGCCUGGUCAGCGGAUUGAGUGGCCUGUCCAAGUCCACGACCUUCCAAUGGUACGGCUGGCCCGGUUUGGAGGUCCCGGAGGAGGAGAUUCCCGUUGUGAAGCAACGCCUGAAGCAGGAGUAUAACGCUGUGCCAGUGUUCAUUGAUGACGAGCUGGCAGAUCGUCACUACAAUGGCUUCUCUAACUCUAUUCUCUGGCCCCUCUUCCAUUACCAUCCCGGCGAGAUUACCUUUGAUGAGUCCGCCUGGGAGGCGUACAAGGAGGCCAACCGCCUCUUCGCCAAAGCGGUUGCGAAGGAAGUUCAAGAUGGAGACUUGAUCUGGGUGCAUGAUUAUCACUUGAUGCUCCUUCCCGAGAUGCUGCGCGAGGAGAUCGGCCAUAGCAAGGAAAAUGUCAAGAUUGGCUUCUUCCUCCACACGCCCUUCCCUAGCAGCGAAAUCUACAGAAUCCUCCCAGUGCGGAACGAGUUGUUGCUCGGUGUUCUGCAUUGCGACCUGAUCGGGUUCCAUACCUACGACUACACUAGGCACUUCUUGAGUGCUUGUUCACGACUCUUGGGCUUAACAACUACACCUAAUGGGAUUGAGUUCCAGGGCAAGAUCAUUGCUUGCGGUGCCUUCCCUAUCGGCAUUGACCCGGAGAAGUUUGAAGAGGGGUUGAAGAAGGAGAAGGUCCAGAAACGCAUUGCGAUGCUGGAACAAAAAUUUCAGGGCGUAAAACUUAUGGUGGGCGUGGACCGCUUGGACUACAUCAAGGGUGUUCCCCAAAAAUUGCAUGCCCUUGAGGUAUUCCUCAGCGAUCAUCCAGAGUGGGUUGGCAAGGUUGUCCUGGUUCAGGUUGCUGUUCCUAGUCGACAAGAUGUGGAAGAAUACCAGAACUUGAGGGCUGUUGUAAAUGAGCUGGUGGGCCGUAUAAAUGGCAAAUUUGGCACCGUUGAAUUCAUGCCUAUCCACUUCCUGCACAAGUCAGUCAACUUUGACGAGCUAAUUGCUCUGUACGCGGUUUCCGACGCCUGCAUUGUUUCGUCGACCCGCGACGGAAUGAACCUCGUUGCCUAUGAGUACAUCGCAACACAGAAGAAGCGUCAUGGUGUCUUGGUGCUUUCCGAGUUCGCGGGUGCCGCUCAGAGCCUUAACGGCAGUAUCAUUAUCAACCCCUGGAACACUGAAGAGCUGGCGGGUGCUUAUCAGGAAGCGGUAACCAUGAGCGACGAGCAGAGGGCCCUCAACUUCUCCAAGCUCGACAAAUAUGUCAAUAAAUAUACAAGUGCAUUCUGGGGCCAGUCCUUCGUGACCGAACUGACUCGCAUCUCGGAGCAUUCAGCGGAGAAGUUCCAUGCUAAGAAGGCUUCUCUCAGCGACAACAACUCUGAGAACGGAGAACGUUCUAACGGUGUAGAUACCCCGGACCAGGAGCAAGUGGCACAGUGA